AUGGAUAUUGCUAAAAUAUUAGCACAACAUCCCAAUGUUAUUGUUACUAUACUAACUACUCCACAAAAUGCAUCUCGUUUCUCAUCAAUCUUUCAACGUUUUCUUCAAUCUGAUUUACAUAUUCAUCUCAUCCAACUCCGGUUUCCUUCGAAAGAGUCUGGAUUACCUGAAGGGUGUGAGAAUCUUGACAUGCUAACUUCACUUGGUGCAGCAUCAGAUUUCUUCAAUUCAUCAAAGUUUUUACGGCAGGAAGCUGAAAAAAUAUUUGAAGAGUUAACACCGCCACCAAGUUGUAUAAUCUCUGAUAUGUGUUUACCAUAUACCAUCCACAUAGCUAGAAACUACAAUAUUCCAAGUAUUUCUUUUGUUGGAGCAGGUUGCUUUUAUCUCUUAUCUAUAUAUCAUCUAUAUGUUAGUAAUAUGAUGCAAACUAUGGCUAAUAAUCCAUAUGAGUACUUUGAUUUGCCUGGUUUUUCUGAAAAAUUUCAGAUAAACAUAUCACAAACAGGAAUAGGCUUAAAGGAUGAAGCUUGGAUUCAGUUUAGUGAAGAUAUGAUUAAAGCUUUAGUAGGUUCUUAUGGGGUUCAAAGAGGUCAUAAUAAUAAGAAUGUUUCAGAUGAUGAAUCGAUUCAUCUCAAGUGGCUUGAUUCUGAGAAGCAAGAGAGUGUUAUUUAUGCAUGUCUUGGAAGUUUAUGUAAUUUAACAUCAACACAAUUGAUAGAGCUUGGUUUAGCAUUAGAAGCAACAAAAAGACCUUUUAUUUGGGUUAUAAGAAAAGGAAAUCAUUUAAAAUAA